AUGUUCCCUAGAGGGAUUUGCAGUUUUUUGUUUGAAUUUCCCAACUGUCGGGCCUAUUUGAUUUCAAAGUCUGUGUGCACAGUGCUCAGCGACCCUAGGAAAAUGAGGAAAUAUGCCUGCUUCCCCAGUUCUCUGCUGGUUUUUUCACCUAUUCCUAUUCCGCUUGCCAGUGUCUUCCAAAAGCUCCUGAAAGGAACUCCCACCCCUCUUGCAGGUUGCCAGGGGGAAACAAGUUUAUUUUGUAUUUUGGUGGUGACACAAACUUAUACCAAACAAACUCUUCUUAUGUAUCUUAUUUCUUGA